UCCGCGCGGUGCACCCUGGGAAGCAGGCGGACCCCGGCUCCUCUCCAAGAUGGCGGCGCUGUCGGCGGCGCGGUGCCUGGUGCUGCGGACCCGGGGCGGCUCCCUGCUGCCGCCGCCCCCCGGGCCCCGCCUGCGGCCCCCCCAGGCCAGCAUGUCGUCGCUGUCCGGCAUGUCCCGUGGCAGGAAGGUGGCGCUGUCCGCGCUGGGCGUGCUGGCUGCCGGCGGCGCUGGGCUGGCCCUGGCUCUCCACACGGCUGUGAGUGCCAGUGACCUGCAGCUGCACCCUCCCAGCUACGCCUGGAGCCACAACGGCCUGCUGGCCUCCCUGGAUCACAGCAGUAUCCGGCGCGGCUACCAGGUGUACAAGCAGGUGUGUGCCGCCUGCCACAGCAUGGAGUACCUGGCCUUCCGCAAUCUCAUCGGCGUCUCCCACACCGAGGCUGAAGCCAAGGCCCUGGCCGAGGAGGCGGAGGUGGUCGAUGGCCCGGAUGAAAACGGCGAGAUGUUCACGCGCCCAGGCAAGCUCUCCGAUUACUUCCCCAAGCCCUACCCCAACCCUGAGGCGGCGCGAGCGGCCAACAACGGGGCGCUGCCCCCAGACCUGAGCUACAUCACCAGCGCCAGGCACGGGGGUGAGGACUAUGUGUUCUCCCUCCUCACCGGCUACUGUGACCCACCCACUGGGGUGUUCAUCAGGGAAGAGCUGCACUACAACCCCUACUUCCCGGGGCAGGCCAUCACCAUGGCGCCCCCCAUCUACAACGAGAUCCUGGAGUUCGAGGACGGGACCCCAGCCACCAUGUCCCAGAUAGCGAAAGACGUGUGCACGUUCCUGAGGUGGGCAGCGGAGCCGGAGCACGAUCACCGCAAGCGCAUGGGAAUGAAGAUGCUGCUGAUGAUUGGCCUCCUGGCACCCCUUUGCUACUACCUGAAGCGCCACAAGUGGUCUGUACUAAAGAGCAGGAAAAUCGCGUACCGGCCCCCCAAGUAAGCAUUGGAUCACAGCAGGCCGCCCCGCGGGCCUUGGCCACCCAGCCGCCGCACGACCCCUCCCGGGACAGGAAUGUACGUAGAGCUGGACGGACAGACGGGUACAGCCCACUCCUCAUGACGCGUUUCUCUUAUUUAAUGUCCUCUCCCUCGGACACAGCUGCUCGCCUGCUAGGCCUGGGAACGGACUCUGGGAAGGGGGGGGCGGCUGCUGUCUGCACACGCCCGCUGGGGGGCAGAAAUAAACCUUCAAUCUUCAGUGGGAAAGUGUGGUGUGGUGUGUCGGCCUAGGCCCUGCCCACGGGGCCCUCGCCUUCCCCUGCCCCGUCUCUGUCCCGCCCCAGCUCCCUGCCUGGGGGGAACCCAGUACAGCCAGAGGGGAAGGCCUGUGUGUAAUGGUGGCAUUUAUUAAACGGUUCUGUUCCC